GGGCGUCCUCUGCUUCGAGAUGGAGGCGGCAGGCCUGAUGAACCACUUCCCAUGCCUGGUUAUACGCGGUAUAUGCGACUAUUCUGAUUCCCAUCAGAACAAGGAGUAGGAGGGUUAUGCCGCCAUGGUGGCGGCGGCGUAUGCGAAAGAUCUUCUGCGUCAGAUCCCGCCUAAUAAGGUUAAGGCUGAGAGAAGGAUUGGCGAUAUUCUAUCCGAAAUUGCAGAGGAGCAUCGGGAUGUUGCAAGGGAAUAUUAUAAUAUUGCAAAGGAGCAGCUCCAAGCCCAGAAAGAUCUAGCCAAGGCAAAGCUGUCUGAAAAAGAACAGGAGUGUCACCAGUUAUUCUAUCUAACAACCAGCAGCAAGGACUCCACAUAUGAGGGGUAUAAAGAACAAGUGGAAGAAAGGGUUAAGGGUAUAUGCCUAUGGUUCCUUAAGCAUAAGCACUUCCAGAGGUGGUUGAAACAGGACUCUGGCCCCCUGCUAGUCACGGCGGAUCCUGGUUGUGGAAAGUCGGUGUUAGCCAAGUACCUAAUCGAUCAUGGCCUCCCACAAUCGACAACAAUCUGCUACUUCUUCUUUAAAGAUUAAGACCAGAAUACUAUCCGGCAAGCCCUUUAUGUACUGCUCUACCAGCUCUUCUCACUGAAACCGUCCCUGAUUAAACAUGCCAUGCAACAAUU